CGGGAGCGCCGCGUGGAGUUAGUGUUGGUCGCUUUUGGCAUGGCGGCUUUUUCUGGCCCAGCUGGGCAGAUGCUGUCGCUUAACCCGCAGGAAGAUGCCGAGUUUCAAAAGGAGGUGGCGCAGGUUCGCAAGCGUAUAACCCAGCGAAAAAAACAAGAAAAACUUACUCCUGGAGUAGUCUAUGUGCGCCACCUACCUAACCUACUUAACGAAACCCAGAUCUUUUCAUAUUUCUCCCAGUUUGGCACUGUGACACGGUUCAGACUGUCCAGAAGUAAAAGGACUGGAAAUAGCAAAGGCUAUGCAUUUGUGGAGUUUGAGUCUGAGGAUGUUGCCAAGAUAGUUGCUGAAACAAUGAACAACUACCUGUUUGGUGAAAGACUCCUGGAGUGUCAUUUUAUGCCACCUGAAAAAGUACAUAAAGAACUCUUUAAAGACUGGAACAUUCCAUUUAAGCAGCCAUCACAUCCAUCAGUGAAGCGGUAUAAUCGGAAUCGGACACUAACACAAAAGCUACGGAUGGAGGAGCGAUUUAAAAAGAAAGAAAGAUUACUCAGGAAGAAAUUAGCUAAAAAAGGAAUUGAUUAUGAUUUUCCUUCCUUGAUUUUACAGAAAACGGAAAGUAUUUCAAAAACUAAUCGUCAGACGUCUACAAAAGGCCAGGUUUUACGUAAGAAGAAGAAAAAAGUCUUAGGUACUCCUGACACUCUUGAGAAGACUGUGGAUAGCCAGGGCCCCACACCAGUUUGUACACCAACAUUUUUGGAGAGGAGAAAAUCUGAAGUGGCUGAACUGAAUGAUGAUGAUAAAGAUAAUGAAAUAGUUUUCAAACAGCCCAUAUCCUGUGUAAAAGAAGAAAUACAAGAGACUCAAACACCUACACAUUCACGGAAAAAAAGACGAAGAAAAAGCAAUAAGUGAUUUUCAGUGUAUUAUAUUUCUUCUGAAAAAUAUAAUAUUUUUAUGAGA